GUUUCCCCCCCACCCCCCCACCCGUGUCUGUUUGUUCCUGCGAAUCUUCACAACGUGGAUUCAUUUCCUUAUAAAUUAAAUUUUGAUGGACUUUGUGGUUGAUGAUCACAUCAUAGGUGAGGAGGAAGAGGGCACGGUGGUAGAAGUCAGGGCAGUAGAUGAAAAUGCAGUUAGAGGAAGUUCCAGUGAGGAGGCACUUCACGACGUGCAUGAUGUCAAGGUAGAUGAAGACCUUUCUGAUAGGGAGGUCGUUCCAUUAGAAGAAUCACAAUCACUAGGUAAUUCAAUUUCAGAUGAACCCUAUGUUGGCCAGGAGUUUGAAUCUGAAGCAGCAGCACAUGCAUUUUAUAAUGCAUAUGCAACAAGAGUGGGUUUCAUCAUCCGGGUUAGCAAGCUUUCGCGAUCUAGGCGUGAUGGCUCUGCUAUUGGUCGAGCACUAGUUUGCAACAAGGAGGGCUUUAGAAUGCCUGAUAAGCGGGAAAAGAUAGUGCGACAAAGAGCAGAGACUAGGGUUGGUUGCAGAGCAAUGAUAUUAGUUAGAAAAGUUAGCUCCGGGAAGUGGGUUGUCACAAAAUUUGUCAAGGAGCACACUCAUCCAUUAAGCCCAGGCAAAGGUCGUAGGGACUUGAUCUAUGAUCAAUAUCCGAAUGAGCAUGACAAAAUCCGGGAGCUAUCUCAACAACUGGCAGCUGAGAAAAAGAGAUCUGCAACAUAUAAGAGGCAUUUGGAAAUGAUUUUCGAGCACAUCGAGGAGCACAACCAAUCUCUGUCCAAGAAGAUCCAAGAUAUUGUACACAAUGUAAGGGAGAUGGAGUCUAGAGAUCAACACCAUCAUAGAUAGUUUUAGCAUGAUUUGCCUUUGUUGAUAUUAGAGUAGAGAAUAGCAGAGUGUAGAACCUAAGUUAAGUAAAGAUCAUAAUGACUUCUAUCUUGGCUUACCUUUUUUCCCCCUCUUAUUCUUCGAGAAGAUCAUGAAAUUAUGGAACCAGUUCAUAUCUCGUUUUCGAUUUUUUUUUUUUUCCCAUUUUCCUUUUUGGGUAGAAUUGUGGAAUUGUAGGAGCAACAGGUACAGAAUGUCUCUUUCUGGUGCAGCCAUUGUAACAUUCUUUUGGGAGGUUGGAUGUCUCUGCGAACGAACUUUUUUCCAUUUUGUAAAAUUUUCAAGUCCAUUUCAUUAGGUCUUUCCAGUUCAUGUAGAUUCAGUGAACUGUAUUUCAGCUUUCAUUUCUGUAAUUCUUUCAAGAUUCAAUGAUUACUUUGAGACAUACUCUGGAGUUGGAAAUACUGGAAACAAAAAGAGAAAGAGAAUGGUAUUCAAGUGGA